GAAUCGUUUCACCGCCAUUCAAAUAGAUAGUGUCUGUCGCAGAUACAGACUAUUGCAAAGAUGUCGCAGAAACCCAUCUUUGUCGCUACUCACCCGCGCGCAUGCUCAACAGCAUUUGAACGAGUCUUCAUGACUCGCCGGGAUACCAUCCAGUGUAUCCAUGAGCCAUUUGGCGAUGCUUUCUACUAUGGCCCAGAACGACUGGGUACGAGGUUUAUGGACGACGAGAAGGUCCGCCUUGAGAGCGGCUUCAGUCAGUCAACCUACAGAACCGUGAUGGAUAGAAUAGAGCGUGAAGCUUCUGAGGGCAAAAGAGUUUUCAUCAAGGAUAUCAUCCACUAUCUCCUUCCACCAAGCGGGAAGCCAGCCAGUAUUGCGCCAUCUCUGCUUAAAGUGAAGCGUGGUGUCGGCACUGAGACCAACGGUCAUGUCGAAGCUGGGCAAAGCACCAAGCAGACGUCCCAGUACCCAUACCCCACAGAGCCAGAGCCAGGUAACCCCACCGUCAUGCCCAAGGAACUUCUCUCCAAGUUCCACUUUGCCUUCCUUAUCCGCGACCCCCACUUCAGUGUCCCUUCAUACUACCGCUGCACCAUUCCCCCACUGGACGACGUCACCGGGUUCUAUUAUUAUGAUCCGGCUGAGGCUGGAUACGACGAGACCCGUCGGACAUUCGACUACCUGCGGAGCGUCCACCUGAUCGGGCCUCAUAUCGCAACGAAGGAGCAGGACGCAGACGAGAUCGACAACAAGCUCAGGCCCGUGGUCAACGGGGUUGGUGCGGCGCACGAAUCGGCGGAGAUCUGCGUCGUCGAUGCGGACGAUAUGCUCGAGAAGCCGGGUGCGAUGAUCGAGGCGUUCUGCCGCAGCGUGGGCAUCGACUAUGACCCGUCGAUGCUGGACUGGGACGAUGAGUCCGAACAGAAGCAGGUGUGCGAUGCAUUCGAGAAGUGGAGGGGAUUUCACAACGAUGCCAUCGAAUCGAAGGGCCUAACAGCCCGGAAACAUGGUCGUCCCGUGAAAACCGAAGAGGAAUUUGACGCCGAAUGGUGCAAGAAGUACGGCCCAGAGGCCGCCGCCCUAAUCCGUAAAUCAGUGGAUGAGAACAUGGCGGAUUACCUGUAUCUCAAGCAGUUUGCCAUGAAAGUGUAAGUCGAAAGGAAGAGAUGAGGAGGAAUUUAGGUUGCAGGAGAACAGACAGGAGGAAUCCACUUUUUCUUAUUAGGUUUCCUGGGUUGUUUGCUUGUCUGUUCAAUGCCGGUGAUGAUCAUGAUGAGAUAUUAGCUCUGAUGACGCCAUUUGAUACUCCGCGUUCAUUCGUGUUGUCCUUUUGUUUUUGAACUCUCCUUGCGUUGGACCCUGGGUUUUCCUGUUUUAAUUACUGUUGUAUUGUGUUGUAUUGGGAGACUGAGUCUCAUCGCUGUUACAGAGUUGUUUUGUUUUUUUUUGACCCUGCGUAGAAGUCCGAGUAGAUUCAGGUAGGGUACUCUAUACAGCCUCGGCAACACUACAACAUACCAUAGACACUACAACAUACACCAUAGAGUUAGAAAUUAGAUUC